AUGACUGCGCUCCCACUAUGCCAUAAGUCAAAGCAGAUCAACAGUGCACACUUGACGCUCCACCUCGCGCGUGUAGUGACUGCACACUUUGAAGGAGUGCUGCCACCGCUUAGAGUGCCCCGAGCUGGUGCUCUACUUCAACGUCUGUCACUCGUUGACCACGACCGUGACAUGGUCAGUCUGGAUGCGCGACGGCGGUGUCUGCGUCAGCGAUUUCAGCGCCACAUCUGCGGGCUGCACCACGUUCGCAUCGGUGUACUGGAGAAGGUGCAGAUGCAGCUCCUCGAGAAACUGGACCUGACUAAACUGGGUGGGCUGCUGGCGGCGCUAGUGGAGCUCCCUGUAAAUGAUAUGGGCGUUGACGACAUCUAUACCGACCGGCCCGUAGAACAGUGA